GGCUGGGCAUCAGCUCUUGUGCAAAGAGAACUGAGCAUCAUGAAGAACCAACGGGCUUUGAUCGCCUCCGCGGCCGCGAUGGCGCUGCUGUGCCUGGCUGUAGCCGAGCCCGUCCCUUAUGGCGGCGGACGGAAAGGCCACGGCGGGUCCGGGUCUGGCUUUGGCAGUGGAGGAGUCGGGGGUGGAGGAAGAGGAGCUGGUGGAUCAGGCUUCGGAAGUGGAGGAAGUGGCUCUAGUUCCGGUGGAUCAGGCUUCGGAAGUGGAGGAAGAGGCUCCAGUUCCGGUGGAUCAGGCUUCGGAAGUGGAGGAGUGGGAUCCGGCACUGGUGGAUCAGGUUUUGGAAGUGGAGGACUGGGAUCCAGCACUGGUGGAUCAGGUUUUGGAAGUGGAGGACUGGGAUCCAGCACUGGUGGAUCAGGUUUUGGAAAUGGAGGAUCAGGCUUAGGAGGUGCUGGUAGUGGGUCUAGUGGAUUUGGAUCAGGCUCUGGGAGUGGAGGAUUAGGUGGAUCAGGAUUGGGUGGCAGCGGAGGCGGUGCUGGACAAGGUUACAGCGGCAGUGGAGUUGGUGGCAGUGGAGGCCUUGGAGGAGCUGGUGGAAGCCUUGGUGGUGGCAGUUUUGGCUCCACAGGUGGACUUGGUGGCAGUGGAGGCGUUGGUGGCAGCAGUGGAUUUGGAGGCAGUGGUGGAGUUGGUGGCAGCAGUGGAGUUGGUGGCAGCCAUGGAAGUGGUGGAAGCCUUGGAGGUGGCAGCAGUUUCGGUUCCAGUGGAGGUCUUGGAGGUAGUGGCAGUUUUGGCUCCACUGGUGGACUUGGUGGCAGUGGAGGACUAGGAGGCAGCGGAGGUCUUGGAGGCAGUGGUGGAGUUGGUGGCAGCCAUGGAAGUGGUGGAAGCCUUGGAGGUGGCAGCAGUUUCGGUUCCAGCGGAGGACUUGGAGGCAGCGGAGGUCUUGGAGGUAGUGGUGGCUUCGGAGGUAGUGGCGGAGUUGGUGGCAGCAGUGGUGGCUUCGGAGGAGGCAGUGGCAGCGGCCUGGGUGGUUCUGCAGGUGGAAGCAAAGGCGGAAGCGGCCACCUUAGCACCAGUUACGGCGUACCUAAUUAGUACAUGAAACGGGUAACUGACUCAACAGGGAAUGUUAUUGCUGCUUGUAUGUCGAUGUGCACAUCCACUUAUGUACAUGUGUGAACAUGAGCUAUAAUUUUCUGACAACAAUAAAAUGUUGAUGUGUGA